AUAAAGAGAAAGCUCGCUAAUGAAAUCGAUGAACCGGUUGAAAGGGUUGGUAUUUUAGUUUUUGCGAGUUGCGUAAAUAAUAAACAGUCAUACGAUAUGAUAAAUUAAAAGUAGCUAAAGGCUACUGUUAUACAUCUAUAUAAAUAUCUCUCUCUCUGCUGCUAUGUCUUUGUAGGUAAAUCAGUGGUUUGCUAAUCGACGGCACAAGGAGCGCAUGAGUGAGCUGAGUUUGCUUGGUAUCAGCCCUGAUUCCAGUCCAGUUGCUUCAGCAGCAUCAGAUAGUGGAACAGAGUCAAGCGACGAUGAAGAAUUUCAAAGGGAAGAAACACCGGGAUAUGGCGACCUUGGUAGUUCGUCUGUCACGUAUCGGACGCAUACUCCAUUCAUACAAACUCAAGCCAAGAAAUUGUCAGUUGCUUCCAAGGCUGACUCGGAAGACAGUGGAUCUAAACUCUUAGGUAAGAUCGCUCCGCAUGUUCGAGGAGGAUCGAUUUAUAGUCCAGCAAGUGUUGAGCCGAUAGUUGAGAUUAUGCUUCAGGCUGGUGAUGCGAAAGGAAAGCGUUUUAUUCUGAAUACACUUGUGUUAACAAAGCUGCCAGCAAUCUUGGAAAGAUUUGUAGAGUCGGAAGGGCCUGAAGUGAUUAGACUUUGGAUAAAGGACGCUACAUUAGCAAAGAAUGAGCCAGAGUAUGCAGAAUUACUGAUCACAGCUCUUCGUGCGCUCAAGAACCUUCCAUUCAAGCGAGGUACUCUAAAGAGCAAACUACGGGAAGCGGUCGAGGAUCUGGCGAGUGAUGAUAGUGCGCCUCGAGAAAUUGUUGCAAACGCGUCUGAUCUUGUGCGGGCGUGGGAGGGCUUCUCUAGAGGCGGAGCAAGGUUAUCGCGACCUGCCUCCGGGGAUCAUUAUGAGACCGCAAGGAAGAGAACUAAAUCAGAUAGGUUCCAACUCUCAACGGUGAAUCAACAGAAUACCAAUCGGCAAGAACUUUUUCAGCUACCAAAGUUUAAUAAAGCAAUGCCUGCACCUCCGCCACGUAUCUCUGUAAACCCAGAUUUUUUCCGCGAAAUUAGGUCUCGUCAAUAUUCCUCAUCAUCCCCAACAUCACCGCGGGCCGCUGCUACGAAUAGAGACAGCGCUCGUCAGCCCACUAGCCCUGUCAGUCAAAAUAUUGUGGUUGAUAGGCCUACAAAUAAGCAACAGCUACAGCAAGCUAUACUAUCCAGCCCACCAGCAAAUAGUGCUCAAUCCUCUUCAACAUCAUCUCAAACCACGCCAACCAAGAUUCUUGUUGAGGAUAGAGCAAAGGUAGAUUUCGAACAACCAGCAUAUCAACACAACAGGGAGACAGAUACUCAUAAGAAACAACACAAAACGAAAAAGACUGUCCGUUUCAGAGAUGAAGAUCUUGUAUCUAUAAAGCUUUUCGAGCCUGUGUUGAGCGAAGAUGAAGCGUCUGAGGAAAUGGGCUGGAAUGAUGGAAAUAAUGAGCAUUACAGCGACCAUGACAACUACGAUGAUGAGAUGUCAAGGAGCCUAGAUCUCGGAGAUAAGAUGUCGCUUUCGCCAACUAUCACAGCUAAGACACCAGCAUUUAUAAUACCAGAGUAUGAUCAGGUUGAUCUUCGAAAUGAUGUUUAUUGGAGACUUCCUCACCCACUGGCUCUUGAAGUCCCCAACAUACCUGAUGGACAUGAGAAUCUGGGUGGAAAGCAACAGAUCCGAGAGAGUGAUAUUCAAGCAGCAAGAGAGGCUCGAGUGCCUGCCACGAUCUAUAGAGACAUUGCCGAUAUUCCGUCUUCACCUUUAGAACCAGAUGAAGAGGUGAACACAGCCAGUGACCCUCCGCGGACAAUUGGACAAUUUAGUCAAGCAGCAGACCCUGUGUCGAUUUUGUUCCAUACGCUGAGAAUGGUCUACGAGAUACUAGCCUCUAACGGUAGUCGCAAGUAGUUUGUUCAUGCUCCUCACAAUUGAAGCGACUACGCGAAUAGAAAAGGACGUUUUUCUUUUUUUUUAUUUUUUAUCUUACUCCAUGUACCAUUACUUUAAUAUGUAUAUUACGCAAAAUGACA